GCGAAAAUUCACAAGUACCAACACAGCUGACAGUUACGGUUGUCUUCAUAGAUAUUUUGUUUUGUAGUGUUCAAGAAGGUCUUAAUAUAUAAACAAACAGUUAGGUCUCUUCACAUUUUUUUUUACGUAAUCCGUUAAAAGUUGUUGGAUGUACGAAUUUGGAUUUCAUAAAAAAAUUUAAUCAGUUUCACCUUUAGUUUUUGAUACGAUGGUGAUGUUGUUUGCGUAAAAGGUUGAGUAAAAUUUAAGCCGUGUAUUAUAAUAUUCGUGAUAAUUGACAUUUAACUGACAUUAAAGAGAAGAUGAAGAUGUGUGUUAUUUUGUGGUUUAUUUUAGCCGUUUUUCCAUUCACAGGUUUUUGCUUUCAGAGCGGCGCGCCUACUGAUUCUUGUUUAACAAUGUAUCCACACCAUGGAUCAGCUGUACAUCAAACAACAGAAACACCUUUUACUAUAACUGUUGAUAAAGCUACCUAUCUGCCUGAUGAUGAACUUACAGUUACAAUAUCAUCCCCAACGAACACCAAGUUCAAGGGAAUUGAGAUGAAAGUUCACAGACUGCAUGGUAACACAGAGAUUCUAGAAGGAACAUUCAUAGAUUUCCCAACAGAUAAACUUCAAACACUCAGCUGUUUUGGAAGACACGCGAAUCUGAUAACGCACCGAAACGGUGAACAAGUAACGUCAUUGACCAUCAAAUGGCAAGCACCUCACUAUAAUGUAGGAGAUAUACAAUUUACAGCAACAAUUGUUGAAAGUUUCAGCGUCUUUUGGUUUAAUGUGAAUGUUUUAGUAUUAGCUGGUUCUAAUGCUACCAUUGUUCAUCCCGUAUUUCAGCUACCUAAUAUACCAGCAGAGUUUAUACCAAUUAACUACAAUACCUGUGGUACAACUAAAGGCUGUUUCUUUCAUCCUAAAUCUUGUACUGGUGAUGACUGUAUCAUGGCUGUAACAUAUGAAGACGAUGAAGAUGGUACAUACAGUUUUGAGAUGUUUGGAAAAUCAACUAAUGGGGCUGGUUAUAUUUCUACUGGUCUAUCUAAAGAUAAAAAGAUGGGUGAUGAUGACGUAUUUAUGUGUUCUAUCGGUACAGAUCAAGUUAAUGUUCAUCAUUAUUAUAAUCCGGAAUAUUUUACUGUCAUGGAUUUCACAAGCGGAUUUGCCAAGGUUCAAACCAGUUACAUGAAUGGUAAUAUUUAUUGUCGAUUUACCAGACACAAGAACUCAAAUCUGUACCAAAAACCAAACCUGAACUUUGACCUUUCUAAGGUGUAUUACCUUCACAUGGCUUGGGGCAAAACUUAUCCGACCACUGGCCAAGCAGCCAAACAUGAUGAUCUACCAGUGACAACCUUUGAUCAUGUUUUAUUACACGACAGAAAACUACAUACCAUCCAAGGUUCUACCCGUACCGAUAGUUCUGGAGCAUCGACGUUAUGUUUCCUACAGUCCACCAUAAUAAUAUACAUCCUCCGUAACAUUUUCAUAUGAAUUAUUAUAACAUUACAAUAUGAAUAAACUUUGAAUAUGAUAAUA